CUAUCUAAAAUAAUAAGUAAUCCAGGCAGAUUAUGAACUUUCGAAAAAACCAUCUUUAUUUAUUAAAUUCUUUAUUUUAUUACAGUUAUGUGCAUUUAAUUUAUUUUAUUAUUUUUUAUCAUGCAGAUAGACAAUGAGUGACAGUAAUAACAGAAGAACAGACCCCGCUUGAAAAUACGCUGAUGAAAUCGAUCCACCCACCGACAAACCAGUUAAAUACAAAUACUUCAGAUGCAAAUUUUGCAGCAAGGAAAUUUCUGGAGGUGUAAAAAGAGUGAAGGAUCACCUUGCAUGCAAUCAUAAUGAAGUGGCGAUAUGUCGAAAGGUACCUGAUGAUGUGAAGAAAGAGACACAGAUGUACUUGAGUGCCUUCACUGACAACAAGCACAAGAAGCAAAUAAAUUUUAAAGAGAUGGUCGAUAAUGGAUCGUAUUACCAAGGUGGCGAUGCUCCUAUUGUAGGUGGUGGCAGCAGUGGCGGUGGCACUGACAAUGCUCUUAUAUCGGAGAAUGUAGGGUCUAACCCUAGUGGUACUAUUUCUACUAGAGGAGUAAGAGGUCCCAUAGAUCGGUAUAUGGCGAGCGACAGGGAUGGACAAAUACCUCCAGCAAAGCCCAAAGAGCACUGAAAUCAAGUUUGCUUAGACAUUGGAAGAUUCUUUUAUGAGAAUGCUAUCCCAUUUCAUGCUGCAACAAGUGCAUCAUUUGUGAGUAUGGUACAAUCAAUUGGAAAUUAUGGUCGAGGACUAAAGCCUCCAUCUAUGCAUGAGCUAAGGAAUUGGAUACUAGAUGAGGAGAAGAAGACGACCGAGAAAACGGUGGAUGAGAUCAAAGAAACCUGGAAGAAGACUGGUGUUUCCAUAUUAUCCGAUGGUUGGUCGGAUAUGAGAAAUAGAAGUCUAAUCAACUUCUUGGUGAACAAUCAGCAUGGCACUGUUUUUUUUAGAACGGUUGACGCAUCAGACUGUGUGAAGGAUGCUCAAAAACUUUUUGAGUUGCUUGAUGCUGUUGUGGAGGAAGUUGGUGAAGAGCAUGUCAUCCAACUUGCACAAUGCAGCCAAUUACAAAGCAGCUAGGAGGAAGUUGAUGGAGAAGCGGACACAAUUGUAUUGGACUCCAUGCGCAGCACAUUGCAUCGACUUGAUGCUUGAGAAGAUUGGUGAGUUGCUGCAACACAAAAAUGCAUUACUCAAGGCGAAGAAGGUGACCAACUUUAUAUACAAUCAUCAAUGGGUGCUAUAUCUUUUUAGAAAGACGGCAAAAAAAGAUUUGCUUCGACCCGCUGCGACACGAUUCGCCACUGCCUACUUGACAUUAGAGAGCAUGCUUGCAUUACAACAACCAUUGCAAGCGAUGUUUGUAUCAAGAGAAUGGCAAGGAUGUGCUUGGGCAAAAAAGGCUGAUGGAAAGGAAGUGAAGAAAGUUGUUAUGAACGACAACACAUUUUGGCCUAGUGUGGUUUACUCCAUUAAAACCACUAAGCCACUUGUCGAUGUUCUGAGGAUAGUUGAUGGCGAGAGGACACCAGCUAUGGGCUAUAUUUAUGGGGCUAUGGAUGAGGCGAAGGAGAAGAUAGCCAUGAACUUGGAGGGAAACGUGGCUUCGUACAAAGAAAUUUGGAACAUCAUUGAUGAGAAGUGGGAUACUCAGUUGCAUAGAGACUUGCAUGCAACUGGAUACUAUCUCAAUCCUCGAUAUAGGUGGAGUCCAAAUGUUUCCACACAUUCUGAGAUCAAGAGUGGAUUGUACAAGUGUUUAGAUCGGCUAGUUCCGAAUCAAAAUACUUACUCCAAGAUUGAUGCUCAACUCGAUGAGUACAAUUACAAGAAAGGAUUAUUUGGCAUUCGAGCAUCUUUGUCAUCGUACAUGACACGUCCACCAGUUAUAUGGUGGGACAAUUUUGGUGAUGAUGUUCCGGAGCUGAAAGCAUUUGCAAUUAGAGUCCUUGGUCUUACUUGUUCAGCCUCCGCAUGUGAGCGCAAUUGGAGUAUGUUCAAUCACGUGCACACAAAGAAAAGAAAUCGUCUAACCACGGCGAGGUUGAACGAUUUAGUGUACAUCAUGUACAAUAGAAAAUUAAAGUACAAGCAUAUGAUGAUACAACAACGGAAGGAUGAUGUUGAUCCAUUGGUUGUUGAAGAAGCGGCUUCUGAUGAUGAGUGGGUAGCCAACCCAAUCCAAGUUGAGGAAGAUGAAUUGCCGCUCACAAUUCAAGCAGAAAGCUCAUCCGGACAAAGGAAGAGGAAACAAAGAGGUGGGAACCGUGGACUGAUUGAUGAGGAUGAAGAAGAUGAAUAUGAUGGAGAUGGAGAUGGGGAUACUUUACACUUCUUGGACAUUUGAUGAUUUUUUCGAUUU